AUGGUCGAGCCGCGCUACACGUCCGUCAUGCGCAGCACGCGCAGCGGCAACUACUACAACGUCCCCAUCUCGGUGGCCGCCAUGGCCAGCCGCGAGCUGUCGCCCGAGAUGUCCACGUUCGCCAACUACGAGGGCUUCGAGUACGAGGCCGUGGCCGCGGCCUGGGGCACCACCACCAUGCGCCGCCUGCCGACGCUGGCCCAGCGCCGCGACCUCAACUCCGCGCUGGACAGCGUACCGCCCUCCAAGGACUCGCACAGCUUCCAGCCGGCCUUCGCCUUCGACCUGAACCAGCUCGUGUCCUCGCUGACCAAGGGCUCGUCCAGCUCCCGCAAAUCGUCUUUCGCGUCCUCGCGCAGCGCCAGCGGCGAGCCCGCGCCCGAGCCCAUGCCCGAGAGCUCGCGGAUACCCGUGCUGCCCGUGGAUUUCGAUGCAUCGGCGCCCCGCCAGCGAGGCCGCCGCGGUGCGCUCUCGGGUGACGAGCUCACGCGGCCGUUCGCGCCCGCAUCUACUGCUCCGCCUGAGAACAGCAUCAUCUCGUACAGCAUCAACAAGCGCAAGCAGAAGCGGCUAGCAGCCAAGGCCUUGGCCGCGGCGUCCGUGAACGGACCCAACUUCGAGGUGGCCGUGGCCGACGCCGGCAAUGAGCACCAGCCGCAGUACGUGCCUCGCUACGUGCCUCAGUACCAGUCGGACGUGACAAUGUCGCCGCCGUCGACGCGCAGCCGCGAGCCCUCGCUGGAUCAGCAGAGCUACGCGCUAUAA